AUAAAUGAUAGAAAUAGUCACAUAAAUGUUUCCUAUUCAAUAUUCAGUUUAUGAGUAAAUCUGCUGUGUACUAUAAACAUGACUUCAGUUAUAGUCCAUAAAAUAAACAAACGUGUUUGUUAAGAUGGACGGAUCCAAACGGAAGGGGAAGAAGCAUUUUAUAGAAAUAUUUCGAUGGCAAAAUACAAUACACAUCCGUAGCACUGACCAACCUAUAAACCGGGCCAGUCUAUUUUAUAAGUACAACAACACCGUUGACCCAUUUAAACGAGUUGUAAGAUCAUGAACAACCAACAAGGGCAAGCCUUUAAAGAAAAAUAAAGAUUUAAAAUGUAGAAUAUAUUUAGAAUAUAUUUUGCUAGUUUUGUUCUUUCUCUAUUACCUUUGAUUAUGUACUUAGAAGAAACUCUCUGCAGAAGAUUUAAUCAAUACACUUACAUUUCAUUUUACAGCUGAGAAUAAAGAAAAGAUGUCAAUUAUUGAAUUGAAUUUAUUGAAGGAUGUGUUAUGAUUUGAACAGCUUCCGAAUUGUUGCAUUGAUUUUAUCAGUUCUUGUCAUAGUGUUUGCAGUAUAGAUCUGAGUGUUUAUAAAACCACUACUUGUGUGGUUUUUUUAUGUCGGUAGAUAUUUAUAUUAAUGGACCAUUUCAGAAAAAUGUAAUAUGUAUAAUAUUUAAUUGCUUAGGUGAAAUUUAUGUUUACGUGUAAAUUAAUGCUUAUAUUAAAUAUAGGGAAAAAAUAAAAACAGAUACAGGACUAAUGAACUAGGAAUUUCUUUGUAUUUGCCAUGUGUAUUUUGAAAUUGGAAUUGCACGACAGCUAAAUUUUUUUGGAAUUAAAAGUAUUAAAAACGGUUUAAAAAAAAGAAAGAAAAUCGAUUAAUUAUAUUGUAAGGAAGUAGUAAGCGAGUAAGAAUGGUAUAAAUAAAGCAACAGUUUCAUCAAUGGAAUUUGUCAAAUAUCUUACUGAAAUUGAUUUCUGUUGGAAAGGCAAAUAUCUAUUGGAAGGAUUUUUCCGUUCUAUCUGCAGCUUGUAUUUAUGCACAAUAAAAAUUACUCUCAGGUAUUAAAACAAAGAAAAUGCAAACAAGAAAACUAUGCUAAAUGUAAAUAUUGACGGAAGAGAAAAACCUAGUUUAAUGUGGAAUAUAAUGCAGCGUGAGUAAAGAAGACACAAUACUGAAAAAUAAUUCAGAGUAAAUAUUUUGUUAUUCUUUAUAUGGAUUACUAAAGUGGAAACUUGGAUUUAAAGCAAAUGAAGAAAUUAGCGAAUCAUUUCACGCCGUCAAAUGGAAUGUUGAAGGUUCAGCACGAUAAUGACACUCAUCAUUCUCGAACCAGUCUCGCCUCGAUCUUCGAGGAUUUGGCGAGUAUACGUAAAUCUAUACUCGGCAGCGGCUCUCAUGACAAUUCGAGUCAGAGAUCAUGGAUCGAGAGGACAUUUAUGAAGAGGGAGUGUUCAAAGUUCAUACGAAGCUCUCGAGAUCCUGGAAAAUGCUGUUGUGGGCGACCAGAGAGUUGGCAAGGACAUAUACCACAGGCCCUGGGGGUCCCCAUAGAGGAGAGAUGGCACCCGUACAGACACACAGAGGCCAAACCAACUGAUGCAUAUGGUGUGCUGGAAUUUCAGGGGGCUCCCCAUCCUAGUAAAGCACAGUAUGUGCGCCUUAGUAGUUAUGACUCCAAAGCUGACCAGGUGUUACAGUUACUACAAAACCACUGGGGAUUGGACUUGCCAAAGUUGCUUAUUACUGUACACGGUGGUAUUCUGAACUUUGACCUUCAACCGAAACUGAAGCGAGUGUUUAGGAAGGGACUUUUAAAGGCAGCAAAAACCACAGGAGCUUGGAUCAUCACUGGAGGAACUAAUACAGGUGUGACCAGACAUGUCGGAGAUGCAAUAAGCGACCGAUCACUCAAGGCAAAGAAUAAGAUCGUUGCCAUUGGUAUAGCUCCGUGGGGCAUUGUGGAAAACAAAGAUGACCUUGUUGGAAAAGACGUUAUAGUACCAUAUCAUUGUGUAUCUUCACCGAAGACAAACUAUUCAGUGUUGAACAAUAAUCAUUCCUAUUUCCUGUUGGUCGACAAUGGAACUGUUGGAAAAUAUGGCGGCGAAAUCAUCUUCCGGAAGAGACUGGAGAAAUACAUCGCUCAUCAAAAAAUCUGUAUAACCAAUGGUGUGAAGGGGCGUGGUGUACCUGUGAUAUGUGUUGUGUUGGAGGGAGGGGCUAACACAAUACGAUCAGUAUUGGAAUAUGUGACAGACUCGCCCCCUGUUCCUGUGGUUGUAUGUGAUGGGAGUGGUCGGGCGGCCGAUCUUCUUGCAUUUACACAUAAAUACAGCCUGGAAGAUGGAACCAUGCCAGAGAGUUUACGAGACCAGCUGAUCUUAACUAUACAGAAAACAUUCCAAUACACACAGGAGCAAGCAGAAAAGCUUUUUAUAGAACUCAUGCUUUGUGUGAAGAAAAGAGAACUGAUCACAGUAUUCCGUAUGGGAGAAGGAGCUCAGGACAUUGAUUUAGCAAUACUUACAGCUCUACUCAAAGGAACGAAUGCUAGCGCCCCAGAUCAGCUCAGCUUGGCCUUGACCUGGGACAGGGUUGACAUUGCCAGAAGUCAUAUUUUUGUUUAUGGACAGGAGUGGCCUGAGGGAUCCCUAGAACAAGCAAUGAUGGAUGCAUUAAUCAACGAUCGUGUUGACUUCGUCAAACUUCUGUUAGAGAAUGGUGUACAUAUUCAGAGCUUCCUCACAAUACCACGCCUCGAGGAACUUUAUAACACAAGGCAGGGACCAUCAAAUACUCUACGUUAUCUAGUCAGGGAUGUGAGAAAGCACUUGCCAAGCGGGUAUCGCUAUACACUGUUGGACAUUGGUCUAGUCAUACAGCAUGUGAUGGGUGGGGCAUUCAGGGCGACCUACUGCAGGAAACGAUUCCGACAGAAAUAUAAUGCUUUGAAACGAACAGGUACAUCAGCAAUAAACUUAGGUCAGUUAGUUACUACACUGCCAACACUAGUCAAUACGAAGCAGGCUGAGGAACUGUUCCCGUACCCCUUCCACGACCUCAUGAUCUGGGCAGUGUUAAUGAAGAGACAACAGAUGGCGCUGUUUAUGUGGCAGCAUGGAGAGGAAGCGAUGGCAAAGGCUCUGAUGGCGUGUAAGUUGUAUCGAGGGAUGGCACAUGAAGCAGACCAGGAUGAUCUCGAAAUUGAGAUUCCGGAUGAGUUACGAAAAUACGCACUGGAGUUUCAGACAUUGGCCUUAGAGUUGUUGGAGCACUGCUAUAAGAUAGAUGAUGACUAUACCCAGCAACUGCUCACAUACGAACUGAAGAACUUCAGUGACCAGACGUGUCUCAGUCUGGCCGUUAAUGCCAACCAUCGUGAGUUCAUUGCCCACGCCUGCUGUCAGCAACUGCUCAAUGACAUGUGGAUGGGAGGGCUGCGGAUGAGGAAAAGCACAAGUUUAAAGGUUUUGCUAGGGAUAUUUUUACCUCCAUAUAUCAUAGCUCUGGAGUUUAAAAGUAAAGAAGAGUUGCAGCUCAUGCCACAGACCAUGGAGGAACAUUUAGACGAACUGGAGAGUGAAUGUAGUGACAAUGAAAACUUGUCUGUUAGCUCUUUUGAAGACGAUCAGAAUGCUUAUGGUGAUGAAAUAGAGUCAAGUUUUGCCUCAUAUGCGGUAAAUUCCAGCACGGUAAAGGAGAAUGGUAUAUAUAUGCCUGACAACAGUAUGUACUCCAACCAUGUGUACAAAAAGAAGAAAAGUCCACUACGUCUCGGCAAAAAAAUCUAUGAAUUCUAUAACGCACCAAUCACUAAAUUCUGGGCAAACACCUUGUUUUACUUUGUCUUCCUGUUUAUGUACACGUAUAUUGUGUUGGGACAGACAUUACCUACUCCCCGCUGGCAAGAAUACUACGUCAUGGUCUACAUAGGCACUCUCGCUAUGGAAAAAAUCAGACAGAUUAUAGCAUCCGAGCCAACCAGUCUACUAGGGAAGGUCAAAGUGUUCUUCAGCUCAGUAUGGAACAUCUGGGAUACAGUGUCUAUAUUGUGGUUUUCAACUGCUGUGAUUGUGCGAUUUCUGCCUGUAAACCAUCGUGCUGCACGAGUUCUGUAUGUGAUAAACAUAACCUUCUGGUACCUGCGUAUCUUGGAAAUACUCAGCGUUAACAAGUACCUCGGACCCUACCUGAAGAUUAUCGUUAAAUUGUUAAGGGAGAUGUGUUACUUCCUGGUAAUUUUGUUGAUAGUCGUCGCUGCCUUCGGUGUUGUUAGACAAGCAAUACAUUACCAAGACGAGGAGCCAAGAUGGUUUCAUCUGCGAAACGUUUUCUUUUAUCCGUACUGGAUGAUAUAUGGAGAAUUAUUUGCUGAUGAAAUUGACACAUGCACGGACCCCGUCCGAAUAGAGAUGUUCGAGAAUGGCGAAAUAGAUUCAGUUUGCACAUACGGUUCUUGGAUAGCUCCUCUAUUUAUGUUUCCCUUUCUUCUUAUGGCCUUUGUUCUUGGUGUCAAUCUUUUGAUUGCUCGCUUCAAUGCAACUUUUAUACGGAUCAACCCACACACAAUAAAACUGUGGAAAUUUCAACGAUGUCAGUUGAUCGUAAACUACGAGCUUCGUCCAAUUUUACCUCCUCCCCUGAUCGCCAUCAGUCAUAUAUAUCUGGCAUUGAAGUUCAUAAAACGCAGGUGCCAAGGAAAGAGAGAUAUUGACUCAGGAUUGAAAUUGUUCUUGUCUCACGAUGAUAUGGAAAAACUACAUGAUUUUGAGGAGGAAUGUGCCGAGGAUUAUUUCAGGGAGAAAGAAAUACUGCUGCAGUCAUCAUCUGAUAAACGAAUUCAAGUUAUCAAUGAAAGAGUUGAAAAUAUGACACUUCGCAUGGACGACGUAAACCAGAAAGAGAAUGCUGUCAAGUUAUCAAUGCAGACAUUAGACUAUAGAAUGUCAGUGCUUGAGGACCUAGCAGUACAUAAUAUUGAUGUUCUCAGUCAAAUCAAACAGAUGCUUUCACAGUUUGAUCUAAGGUCGAGAAAUUUCAGUUCGUCAAGUAGAGGCAGCAGUAGGAUGCGUCUUGACAGCGAGGAUUCCGGAAACGAUCAGGUUGACAUUCAGCAGUACGAGGACCAACUGGCAUCUCAGAGCGAUCAGUCCGCUGCUCAGAAACGGCGGCGAGAAUUUUCUCUUGGUGCAGAGAGUGAGAAGUCACUGACUCCGGAAGUUAACGCCACUAUGAAAAUGAUGCCGUCCCCAAUUCUUAUACAUUCGCAAAAGCCUGUAAGAGAUGAAAAUUUACAAAAAUACACCGAUUUCUCUAAAUCUUCUCCAAAACCUUCGCCAAAACCUAGCACUUCUCUCGGAAGGCGUCUUGAGAAACAGUCUAGUGUCAAAAAGCGGAGAUCACUUCCUAAACUAUUGGAAAGAAGUCCAGAGUUGGAAGCUCGAUCAAGCAAUAAUUCUUUACUGGAACGGCGCCAAGGGAAUAUAGAAAAACUACGCCUCAACACAGGUGAAACAAGUUUAGAUGAUUCGAGCACGCAUGUUCAUAAAGAUAUCAGUAUGAAUGCUAACACUGCCAUGUACAGUACGGCUCACAUGGAUACAGCAACUUCAGUGUCAACUACGCAACCUGCACAAAUCGAAACAAGUGACGAAAGCAAUCAGUUAAAUAUUACAAGAAGUAUACCUUCUGACCAAUACGAUCACCUCCACAUCGAUAUUCCGACCCCAGAAAUGCAUGAUGUUCCAAUCCAUGAGGCUUGUACAUAUACUAAAUCAGGGCAUACAACCCCUUUUACUUCUAUUUUAACUUCACGCUCUGCUGAAUAUACAACGAUAACAGAUGAAAUUGAUACAUCGUGCAUGAUGAAUCGAUCACCACCACGAAGCCCUACUUCAGCCAUUCCAUAUAGUGCCGCUGCUUCUGAACCACUCUGGGAGGAUGUCAAAGAUGAAAAUCCAGCCUCUAAAUUCGAAAAAGCUGCGUUAAAACAAGCAGAAGAAAUGGAACACAAGAGAAUGGAGAAAGUUAUCAGGAAUCGUCUACGACAAAUAUCAAUGGACGAAAGUGACAACGCUGCCGAAAUAGCUAUGAUGGUGAUUAGCGAAAUGGAGACUGAAUAUACGCAUUCGGAUCAUGAAGAUGAUGAUGAUAUACAUGGUUCAUCAGAGAAUGUAAGUGUUACUAAAGAAGAGAACGUGGAAGCUGAAAAAGCAGAUAGUGUUGAAAAUGAACCAAUAACAUUUGAGGCAGCAGCAAAUGUUGAAAUUAGAAUUCGACGUGCAUCGACUUUAGAGGAGGAGCCUGCUACUACACCAAAUUGUUAAGUUUUUCAUUUUAUACAGUUAAUUUACAGAAAUGUUCAGUGGCAUUUUUAUUACUAUAUAAAGAAGUGAUAUUUAGCAGUCAUAAAGUUAGGCAGUCUUGGAUAAAGCUAGGUACUCUAAAAAAAAAAAUUAGACAUCCUUUGAUAAUCUUACAUAAAGUAAGGCAAUAUUGGGUUGCCAAGAAGAUUCUUACUGGGGGUUAUUCUAGGUUUUAGCUGUGAUAGAUUAUAUCAGAAUUGUACAUAGACAUUGUGAAAUUAGAAAUAGAAAUUGCUUGUUACUUUGUCAAAUAAAUGGAUGAGAGGAAGUUGUUUGAUAUAUUUCCAGAUAAGUUUUGGAUCGUUUUAACUACCAUACCUAGAUGAAUCUUAAACAAACCCAGUUCUCAUCUUGAAUUCAAAAAAUCUUUCAAUUUAUCUAAAAACCAACCAAAUUGUUUUCUAAAAAAAAUGAAAGAUUUGAUGUAAUUCUCACAUGUGUAUUGCAAGAUUGUAGCACUGAUUAUAUUGUAGUAUCAAGUGCUUGUGAUGAGCUAGUGUGGCAAUAGAAGAUUAUUUUUUUUAUAUAUGAAAAAUGAAAUAGAUGUAAUAUUUGCUUGCUAAAGUAUUUUUGUGAUCAGAGUAUUUUUUGUUUGAGAUAUGUAGCUUGUGUGAACCAAGAACAUUGUUUGUUAAAGUGUUUGAACUAUUUCAUACAGGUACUUGCAUAAAGUGCUGAUAAAUUAUGUUAAGAAAUAUAUAAAUGCCAUAAAUUAUGCUAGUUAUUACUUAUUCUCAGAUAAAUAUUUAAGAAAUUUUUUACAGUCUGACUUACUUUUGCUUUUUUUAAUGUCACUUGAAUAAGUGCCAUAGUAUUAUGCAGUGUUGUUGGUAUACUUUUUAACUGUAAGGAGAUGACUGGCCUGAGGCUAUAAAAUUAAGUUUGGAGACCAGUCUAAUAGACAUCAAGUGUCUAAUUGGUUGUUUCUAAACACAGAUUUGAAAUGGACCAAUGGCAACACAGCAUGACUCUGAGACUGAUCUACAAAGUCGGUUUUGUACCUCGGCCCAGCACUGCUGAGGCAUUCAGGAAUAAGUCUACAAGCCGGAUUAUUUGUAGUUGCAAAGACUUUGUUUGACCAUUUAAAAAGGUUGUCUGAAAAUUAUACUGUGCUCAUGAUAGUUUUUGCUAGUCAGACUUGGUUGAGAUACCACAUCUGUUAAAGGUCCAUUACUAAGGGAAAGUGAGUUGGCAAUUUUUUUCAUAGCCAGUGCAUAGACUUCUGCAAGACACUAAAUAAUGAAGAUUGGCAGGUCAAAAUUUACAGAAGGUCUUUGGAACUCAAAGAAAUGUAUGUGUAUUAUGUUGAAAUUUCAAUGAAUCGACAAAAUGACCCCCCAGGUCUUUUUAACUUUCUUCAUACUUCAUAGAAAAAUAAUUGUACAUAUACUGCGAUUUUUUUCGAAUUUCUACAUACCAACUUUCAUUUUCCAAUAAAAUGAAACAGUUUCUCUGAUUUUUAAAAGAAAUUAAAACGUUCACUUUCCCUAGUAUUGGACCUUUAAGAAACCACUUGCAUUAAGAGACCACCUUUCAGUUCCUUUGUUUGUUGUUGAUAAAUUACGCUUUAUUAAAAGACCACUUCUGUUAAGAGGCCACUGUACUGCAUUGUGUAAGAUUUUUGUACUUAGAUUACUAGGUCAGUUUAAGUACAUACUUGUGUUCAAUUUUCUAUUCUUGCCAAAUUCAUAUUACAAAGCUAAGUGCUAUUCAGUUUAACGCCAGUCGCUGGAAGUCUCUUAACGAGAUGAACCAAAUCAUAGACUUAUCCAGGGUCAUGUAGAAAAUGUAAGGAAACGAGUACCAGUAAGAGCUAAAGAGAUCUAAGUGCUAUAUAUAUAAAUAUAUAAGAAGCAAAUAAUACACUUCUUCCGGUAUCUCACCCCAUUCAUGCUCAAGCGAGCGAUGUAUCAAUGUGGUAAUUUUUAUGCUAUUGAUAGGUAAUUGUAUUAUAGUAUUAAAAGCACAUUUUUGUAUGAAAUUAUAAGUCAAAAAAGAAGCACAAAGGUACUUUGUUAUUUAUAAGUCAGAAUAAGAACAAUGUGAUUUGUUAGAAAUUAUAAGUCAGAAUAAGAACAAUGUGAUUUGUUAGAAAUUUUAAGUCAGAAUAAGAACAAUGUGAGAACAAUGUGAUUUGUUAGAAAUUAUAAGUCAGAAUAAGAACAGUGUGAUUUGUUAGAAAUUAUAAGUCAGAAUAAGAACAAUGUGAUUUGUUAGAAAUUAUAAGUCAGAAUAAGAACAAUGUGAUUUGUUAGAAAUUAUAAGUCAGAAUAAGAACAGUGUGAUUUGUUAGAAAUUAUAAGUCAGAAUAAGAACAGUGUGAUUUGUUAGAAAUUAUAAGUUCAAUGUAGAACAAAGCAUUUUUUGCGGGUUCUAGAAAGUGUUCUUGUAUUAUUCAAAAAUACGCAUGUUGUUUGUAAACAAUGCUGAAAAAAACUCCUAAAAGCAUUUAAUAGUAACACAGUAAUCAUAUUAAUUAAUGAUAUUAAAUAAAGUGGAAUGUCUAUCAUUUUAGUUUGAAAAAGUAAAGAAAUAAUUGCCAUUAUUAAGGUAAUGAAGUUCAAAUAAAUGUCUAUGAAUAAAUCAGAUCUGCCAUUUUGUUUGAUGUUGCCAUGGAAACAGAGUGGCUGCCAUUUAGAUAAGAUAUUAAGAUAGUCAAAACUUUUUCAUUUUAAAGCCUAUUUCGAAAGUGUUCCAAUGCCUUAAAAGGGCAUAUCAGUAGCAAUCAAGAUGGCUAGAAAAACAACAUUGCCUUUCCCUUUAAGUUGUUCUAAAUGUGAUUAAAUAGUCUUUUUGUUCUGGUAUUAAUGAGUGGGUGAAUGUAUGUUUUGUAUUGUUGACAACCAGGGUUUUGGCCUUAGCUCAUCGACAUACUCUGUGAUAUUAUUUCAUAGACACUGUCUCUUUUACCCAUUUUUCUUAGCAUUAAGCUAGUAAAUGCGACAGUCUAGAGAUGAAAAUUCUCCUCCCACAUGAUCAUGCAGAAUGUAUACUUGAUAUGUUAAAGUUAAAAUAUUCCAGUUCUGUUAAUAUGCUACAACAGAUUAAAGUUCAGUCUGAUCUGUUCAGUAUGGUAAACUGAUUUAAUGUAAUGGACCUAUAAUGAAAAUCAGCAGUUUCCAUUACAUGUUUUCUGUUUAUGAUUUCGGCAUCUUGGCUGGUAUGCAUAGCCAUGUGCUCAUAUGAGCAGCUGGAGUGACUGAAAAAUGCCCAAAUAGCAUUCAAGAUGAUGAAAUUUCUCUGAAAUUGCUAAUUGCCGUUACAAGUUCCACCAUAUUAAGUAUUGUCUUUUUUUUUAGCCUAAUAGAAUCCCUCUGAAUUUUUUACCUAGUUUUACAUUUUUGCGUUAAGUUUCUUUUUUUUUUUCUUUUUCUUUUUGUUUUGAACAACUUAUUUAAGUUUUGUUCUUUUAACAAAUAUGUCUGCUUGUUAGUUUUUGUGCCAUUUGUUUUAAUUUUUAGCUCAUCUGAUUUUUUGAAAAAAAAUGAUGAGUUAUUGUCAUCACUUGAGCGGUUGUCGGCGUCGGCGUCGGCGUCUGCAUCGGCGUUGCCUGGUUAAGUUUUAUGUUUAGGUCAGCUUUUUUCCUAAACUAUCAAAGCUAUUGCUUUGAAACUUGGAAUACUUGUUCACCAUCAUAAGCUGACCCUGUAUAGCAAGAAACAUAACUCCAUCUUGCUUUUUGCAAGAUUUAUGGCCCCUUUUGUACUUAGAAAAUAUCAGAUUUCUUGGUUAAGUUUUAUGUUUAGGUCAACUUUUCUCCUAAACUAUCAAAGCUAUUGCUUUGAAACUUGGAAUACUUGUUCACCAUCAUAAGCAGACCCUGUACGUCAAGAAUCAUAACUCCAUCUUGCUUUUUGCAAGAUUUAUUGCCCCUUUUGGACUUAGAAAAUCAGUUUUCUUGGUUAAGUUUUAUGUUUAGGUCAGCUUUUAUCCUAAACUAUCAAAGCUAUUGCUUUAAAACUUGCAACACUUGUUUACCAUCAUAAGUUGACCCUGUAUAGCAAGAAACAUAACUCCGUCCUGCUUUUUGCAAGAUUUAUGGCCCCUUUUGGACUUAGAAAAUAUCAGAUUUCUUGGUUAAGUUUUAUGUUUAGGUCAACUUUUUCUCUUAAACUAUCUAAGCUAUUGCUUUGAAACUUGCAACACUUGUUCACCAUCAUAAGCUGACCCUGUAUAGCAAGAAACAUAACUCCGUCCUGCUUUUUGCAAGAUUUAUGGCCCCUUUUUGACUUAGAAAAUAUCAGAUUUCUUGGUUAAGUUUUAUGUUUAGGUCAACUUUUUCUCUUAAACUAUCAAAGCUAUUGCUUUGAAACUUGCAACACUUGUUCACCAUCAUAAGCUGACCCUGUACAGCAAGCAACAUAACUCCAUCCUGCUUUUUGCAAUAAUUAUUGCCCCUUUUGGACUUAGAAAAUCAUUUUCUUGGUUGAGUAUUAUGUUUAAGUCAACUUUUCUCAUAAACUAUUAAAGCUAUUGCUUUAAAACUUGCAACAGUUUUUCACCAUCAUAAGUGGACACUGUACAUCAAGAAACAUAACUCUAUCCUGCUUUUUGCAAGAAUGAUGGCCCUUUUUAGACUUAGAAAAUCAUGGGUAGGACAAUAUUUCUAUUACACAAAAAAAAUCAGAUGAGCGUCAGCACCCGCAAGGCGGUGCUCUUGUUUAAAAUUUCAUGCCAGUGUGUUUUGUGUCGUGUUUUGUUUCAUUUACAUGAAUCUCUCAUUUAAAAAAACCCGAUGAAUUGUUUUAUUUAUGGUCUUUUACAUAUCACUGUGUAUUGUCUUGCCUAAAAAUAGAAUCUGGUAUGUUUUUUGCAUACAUAUAUGACACAUCAAUUGUUUUGCCUGAAAAUUGAAUCUGAUAUAUUACUUAAAUAUAUAUCAUAUCUGUUUUAUUGUUUAAAAUAGAGUUUUAUGUAAUAUUUGCAUAUAGAUAUCACAUCAAUUUUAUUAAAAGUAUGUAGAUUUUUAUUAGUAAAUAUUUACAUUUGUCCUAUUCUUUUCCAUUGAAAAUUAUGACGUUAAUUUUGUAUGAACAGCAGAAGGAAAGGCGCCAAAAUUACGACAAUGCUGCUUAGUGAUAACAGGCCACUGUUUUGAUUGUUCAGUUUGGUGAACAGAAUUGCCGGGAAGCUGAUUUUAGAUGCAACAAAAUGUGUGCAAUUUAUAAUAUAACAUUGUUUACAGAUGGAAAGGAAAUACAAUAUAAAUAUAAGAAAUGGAUCAAUUUUUUUUCGUAGUUCAUGUGAAAUGAAUGUCAGAAUAGGCUCAGCAAAAUAAACAUGAAUCACUAGUGUGAUUUGUGGAUUUGCUGAUCCAAUUCUGUCAUUCAUUUCGAAUGAAUUCUCGAAAAACAUAUUUCUUUAUUGAAUAAUGGGAUUUGGAUUUUAUCAUUUAUAAAUCAAUCAGCCUCAAAUCUUCAUACCUCAUUUUUAAUUAUUUUGUAUUUUAAUUUGUGCAGAUUUGUUGUUACCAAUAGUAUGUUGGUGUAAUGCCUAACCAGAGUGUUCGUGCAUGCUUGCAUUUUAUCAGAUGAUUUAUAUAUAUAAAUUUGUUGAAACAAUAUAAUUCCAUGUUGUUUGUAAACUAAGUGUAAUAUCGCUGACACAAUAGUUCUAUGCAUUGAUAAACCUAAUGUGUAAUAACUUCUCCCCUUUUGUCCAAAUUUUAUAUGUAAUAACUUCUCCCUUUUUAUCCAGUUACCCAAAUGUUCUGAACAUUAUAAACAAAUUUAAGUCUUUAUUUUUUUUACACAUAUUUAACAGUCUUGAGUAUCAAGUCUUUUAGUGAGCCUGUACUACAUAAGAGAUUCUGGAGACAGUUUUUAGUUGAUAUUUAAAAUAUCAUUUGACUUAAGGUCCGGUCAUAUGACACCUAAACAAAGUGUUUAGGAUUUGAAAUCCAUAUAAUUACAAACAUCAAGUUAAUGAUCACAGAAGGGGAUACCAUAUAUCCAUGGAUAAAUGCCCCAAGAGUUGUUUAUAAUUAUAGGAGCUUCACUGAAAAAGAAAGUUCAUAAAAGAAUUUAAAUAAUAAAUCCACUUUUGUAAAACACCAUUUUAUUGUUUUGGUGCAACUUAAAUUGUUUUUGUAGCUUGGAAAAAAAAAAUUGUUUGGUUUGAUUUAAAACAAAGUAGAAGCAGAUGUGAAUAAUGACAGGACCCUUUGAUCAUAUACCAUACUUAUGGAGUGCUGGGUUACUCCCAUCUAUGGAUCUAUGGGAGGUAACCUUUGAAAAAAAAGAUACUAUAGUAAAGAAAGAUAUAUAAAUAUGUCAUUUUAUGGGGGUCAUAUUUAGUGUAGCCUAUAGCUCAUAUAAAGUUUUCUAAAAGGGUACAUAUAUACUAUUCUAAGGGUAUGGAGAACAUAGAAUUUCACCAAACUUAAUGAAUUAGUUUUUACAUGUUCAUAUGAUUUUACCCAUGUGGAUAUUUUAUCGAAAAUUUUAUCAUAGACUGAUAUUUUGUUUUACAAGAAAUUUUGAUUUAACCUCAUCAAUAAUGAAAUACAUGCACUUGUUAUUAUAUCAGAUAUGUUUUUAUUAUGUUACAAUGUAUUGAAAUUGCAAGGCUAUCAAAUAUGCAUAUAUGAGCCGUGCCAUGGGAAAACCAACAUAGUGGGUGUGCGACCAGCAUGGAUCCAGACCAGCCUGCGCAUCCGCGCAGUCUGGUCAGGAUCCAUGCUGUUCGCUAACAGUUUCUCCAACUCCAAUAGGCUUUAAAAGCGAACAGCAUGGAGCCUGACCAGACUGCGCGGAUGCGCAGGCUGGUCUGGAUCCAUGCUGGUCGCAAACCCACUAUGUUGGUUUUCCCAUGGCACGGCUCAUAUUAUUUUAUUGUUAAAUAAUGUACAACAUUAUUGUUUGGUUCUGUUUAUACAAAUGCACGCAUUUCAUAAUGAACAAAUUUGCUCCUUUCAUUUUAGUGUUCUCAUGUAAAUAUGUAAAUUUCUUGUCAAAGGAAACGGGUUGUGGGUUUAUAUAUGUGAAUGUAUGUUUGUAGUUAGAUAGGUACUCCAUAAUUUUAUUGUCUUGGGGGUGGACUUGAUUGUUCAUGUUGGUUUACCCAGGUACAUUCAUUGGCUCCAAUUUCAGUUGGGCUGUUGCAUAUUUUCUACAGAAAAUGCCAAAUAGUGGAAUCAAAACAAUUGGGAUGGCAAGAAAGCUCCAUAUUUAGUUACGUAUACAGACUAAAUUGAAUAUGUUUGCUGUCCCACAAAAAAUGUACUUGGAAAAAGUAUUGAAAUGAACUAAGACACAAACUGUAUAUGAAGGUAAAUCAAAGCAUACAAUCAAGCCCCGCCUCUUGGGCAUGUCCUGAAGUUGUGACGUCAAAAAUGAAAAUCUUCAAAAUGUGAAGAACGACACAAAGUCUAAAUAUGUAUGAAUUACAAACAUGGGUAUUAAUGAAAAUCUAGUCUUGAAUACCGGUCUUCAUUUAAUUUUUUUGUAUAAAAAGGUCUCAGAAGGUGUGCAUCGGUUGAAAAUAGGAGCAUAGUCUCCUUACUCUGAAAUGCAGUGUUGACUGGUGCUAUUGAUAAAAUGUAACAGUUGACACCUGAAAGGUCAGUAGUUUUAGCUAUGUGCUCGCCUAUGUCUUGAAUAGCAGUCUAGAGUGGCACCUUUGGUUUUUCCUCUUCCAUUGAAGCCAGAAUGACUUAAUUUGUUCAACUUACAAAAGUAAAUAAGGAAAAUUUCACGGUGCUUAGUGACGUCAAGGGAUUAAAACUCUUGCUCUGUGCCAUGAGAUUUAUCAUAUGUAGAAAAAAAUGUCUGAAAAUUCUCCCACAAGUGUCUUUUUUAUAUGAACAGUUGUUACAAAAGUCAUGUUAUUUUUCUCUCAGAACUGAAUCCAAGUUGGUUGUUGUAAGAAAAUGCAACACUUAUAUCAUGGGCUGUCUGGAAACAGUCAAAACUGUUGUUUUGUGGUAUUCUGGACAACAUUUAAAACUACUUCCCCCUGCGCAAUGGACUCUUAAAGCUGUUUCCUUAACCCCAGCAAGAAUAGUUUUGACUGUUACCCUAACACCCAAGAAAAAUUUGAUGAAAAAACUUUCAUAUUUGGUAAUCUCCAACAGUUGUUUAUCUAGAUGUUACAUUGUUAUAUGUACUGUUGUUAAAUUAUGUUUGCGGUGUCCUCAGUGUGACAAAUAUUGACCAAUGAUCUGACAUUUACCUGGUUUUUAUGAAGCAAUAGAUUAUUUGUUGGUA